UCCGGUGAACUCGGCCGCUUUCUGAAGGGCCAAUAGGGUGGAAACAAAGUUAGGCUUGUGAAUAGUUUGCAACUAUACUGAAAGGCUAUACGGCAAGCCUAUAUUUGCGUACCCGUAACAUGAAUGAAUAAUGGCUGGAUCAUUUUGAGGUUCAUGGUGUUGUGCUGGCUCCCCAGACUCUGUCGUCGACACGUGAUGAACCAGAGCCCGCUGGCGAUGGCCCACAGUCGCACAGUGAUUAUGAGCAGGGCGAGUACAGACAUGUGAUGUACGACAGCCUGGUCAAGCAGGCAGUGAGCGACCCUACUUUACUGAACGUGGAGCAGCUUGAGAGGCUGGCGUGCGCCGUCUGUCACACGGCGGCCCAGAGCAUCGGGCACCCAGAGCCAGCAGCCAUGUUUUGCCGCCGGAUUGCAUUGACUCCGUCGUCAACACGUGAUGAAGCGGAGCGUGCUGGCGAUGGCCCACAGUCGCACAGUGAUUAUGAGCAGGGCGAGGACAGACAUGUGAUGUACGACAGCCUGGUCAAGCAGGCAGUGAGCGACCCCACUUUACUGAACAUGGAGCAGCUUGAGAGGCUCGCGUGCGCCGUCUGUCACACGGCGGCCCAGAGCAUCGGGCACGCAGAGCCAGCAGCCAUGUUUUGCCGCCGGAUUUCAUUGGCUACCAUUGCCUUAUGUGGUAGGCCUGGACGGGCUUCUAGAGCUUCAACAGGGCCAGCUGGAUGAUGACGUUGACCCUUUGGGGUUCUCACUCUUAUUGCUGAUUCAUAU